GUUAGGGGAGAAUGUUUUGAUUUUGGGUUUAGUCAUAGAAUUGAAAGAAAGCUAAUGAAUUAAUGAAAAAGUUAUCUAAAUGUGGGUAGCUUAGUGCUAAAUUGAAGUAAAUGGACCAACAGCAGAGAGGUAGAGGGCGUGGAAUUCCGGCUCAAAACGUUUGGGCUACCCGAGCUGAAACCCAUUCCAGAAGUACGAAUACCGGUCGGCAACAGAAUACUAAUAAGCAAUCAAUCAAAGAUAUUCCUAAUUCAACAAGGAAGUUCGAAGAAGCAUGUGCACAAAUAAAGGCCAGCGUUGACAAACAUGUAGCCAAGCUCACUGAGGAACUUAGUGAUUCGGGCUCAGAAGAAGAUGAAACUAAUAAUGAUAACAGCAUUAUUUCAACAGUCCUUAAUCUUUAUGGCAAAAGUAGCAAUGAGCUUGGAAAAAUUGAGCAGGUUCUAAAAGAUAGUCUUAGAAGUGGAACAUCCGUGUGCUUAAUUUGUAUAGCUUCUGUUAAAAAAUCUGAUUUUAUUUGGUCUUGCACCAAAUGCUACUGCAGUCUUCACUUGCCCUGUAUUCAAAGAUGGUCAAAAGAUAGUAUUUAUUUUCAAACUGAGGCUGCAUCAGAUCAGUUAGCUCCAGGCCAACUCGUGGACCCUAGAAAAUUCAACUGGUGUUGUCCUAAAUGUCGAGCAGAAUAUCCUCAAGGAUCAAUUCCAUCAAGAUACUUUUGCUACUGUUUGAAAACUCAGGAUCCCCGAUUUGAUCCUUGGCUUGUUCCCCAUUCUUGUGGAGCUAAAUGUGAAAAGUUAUUGCAGCCAGAGUGCAAACAUACGUGUCUCCUUCUCUGCCAUCCAGGUCCGUGUCCGCCUUGUCCCCAAACGGUCUCAGUCUCGUGCUUUUGCGCGAAAUCUCCAGUGGAAACUCGCCGUUGCAGCUCACAGACAUGGUCUUGUGGGAAAAAGUGUUCAAAACUAUUGUCGUGCAAAGAACACAGGUGCGAAGUUAUUUGUCAUUCUGGUAUUUGUCCACCUUGCCCGAAAAAGAGCUCUCAAAACUGUUUAUGUGGCUCAAAAAAGGAAGAAAGACCCUGCCACUCUAUUGAAUUUCAAUGUGAUAAGGUCUGUGGAAAGAUGCUGGAUUGUGGUCAUCACAGAUGUGAAACUAUCUGUCACGCUGGAAAGUGCGCAACCUGUCCUCUAGCGUUGCCACGCACUUGUCCAUGUGGGAAAAAGGCUGUAACAGUGGCAUGCACAGUAGAGGUCGGCGGAUGCGGAGAUACUUGCGGCAAAUUGCUAGAAUGCGGCAUUCAUGAGUGUGCCGAAAGAUGCCACAAAGGGAAAUGCGGGACCUGUUGGCAAAUGCGAGUUCAAUCUUGUCGUUGUGGCCUAAAGAAAAAAGAACUUCCGUGCUAUAAAGAAUUCCAGUGCGAGACGAAGUGCAAGCACGUAAAAGACUGCAGACGUCAUCCUUGCAACCGCAAAUGCUGUACCGGUUCUUGCCCUCCGUGCGAUCAGGUUUGUAAUCGGCCACUUGGAUGUAAAAACCACAAGUGCACGAGUAGAUGUCAUCAAGGUCCAUGCUAUCCUUGUGACCGAACUGUCGACAUUACUUGUUCAUGCGGUCGGACCAAAAUCACAGUUCCGUGUGGGCGCGAAAAACAAACCAAACCUCCAAAGUGUUCACUUUCAUGCACCAAGCCACCUGAUUGCCACCAUGAGAGUCGCACGAAACAUGUUUGUCACGCGGGAUCUUGUCCGCCAUGCAAACAAACUUGUCUAAAAGUCUCAGAACGCUGCGGUCACAUAUGUAAAGCGCCAUGUCAUACGUCGGUUUUAGUUCAAGUCGCUGCUCCUAGUCAGCAGAGAGCUGGUCCAUGGGAACCCGAACAAGCGCCUAAGAUGGAAAUCAGAAAGCUACCGUGUCCUCCGUGUCCUGUACCUGUACCAGUGACUUGCUUGGGAGAACAUGAAACGGCCGAUUGGCCAUGUCAUUUGUCUGUACCAUCCUCUUGUGGUCGACCGUGUGGGCGUGAACUCUACUGUACAAACCAUACCUGUAUGAAAUCUUGUCACGUGGUGUCUGUGAAUCCCAGAAAUUGCCAGCAAUGCGAGGAGGUUUGUUCAAAGAAUCGACCCGAGGGCUGUACCCAUCCGUGUUCUAGGGGGAAAUGCCACCCCGGUCCUUGCCCGACUUGCACCAAACUGAUUAAACAUAGCUGCCAUUGUGGACUCAAUCCCCAACUGGUUCGCUGUAAUGAGCUGAGCGACUCUAGCGCUCCAGGCAGCACUCCUAGCCGAGAACAACUACUUAGCUGCAAGGAUCGCUGCCCUAAGUUAUUGCCUUGCAAACACCGAUGUCCACUGUCUUGCCACUCCGGUGACUGUGCCGCUCAACUGGAUUGCGUCACUACUGUUCACGUGAGCUGCCCUUGCAAGCGUAUUAAAAAAUCCAUGGCAUGCAACGUCCGUUCAAAGCAGCCGGCUAUGUCGUGUGAUGACAUCUGUCGUCGUAAGAAAGAUCAGGAGUUAAAGUUAAAAGAGGAGAAGGAACGCGCCCAGCGAGAAGAAGAGGAAAAACGCAACCGAAUCGAAUUGGAGCAAUUCCAGCGCAAGUUCGACAAACGGCGCAACAAGGAUCGACGGCGCCCCGAUGAGCCAUCGGCUCCACCCUCGCGUCCCAUUCAGUUCUACGUUCUGGUUGUUGCUGUAAUCCUGGUGGCCAUCAUAAUGGCUUUUAUGUGGUCUCGGGUUUAAGAGGGGAUUCAACAUUAAUAUCAAUCAAUUUCACUGGGGGCUUACAGGAAGGGGAAAAGAAUAAACGCUAUUGCAACCUUA